GCUGAUCGUGAUGGCAUCUCUGACUCUGGCUUUUUGUCUUUCUUUUCUGCUCACAUGGAAGAUGGUUCCUGGUCAGAAACUGUCUUCAUCUGAUCGUCAGGAGAGAAGUUUUGUCUCGGCUCAUCCUGGAGAAGAUUUGACCUUGAAUUGCUUCUUUGGCACUGAAAUUCCUGGGAGUGUUUACUGGUACAAGCAAACUCUGGGACAGAGACCCAAGCUGAUCUUCACCUUUCCUACAGGUGGUCAGAACUUGUUUCAUGAUGAGAUCGAGAACUUUCCACGCUUCAAAAUGGAUAAAAGAGAUGGCAAGGCUCUUCUGAUAAUCACAGAUUUGCACACUUCAGACUCGGCUAUAUACCACUGUAUAUUCGAUUCCUAUAUAUCAACUAUUUUUUCAGAGAGCAUCACAGUCAGUGUGAAGGGGUUUGGUUCAAAUGCCAUUUUGGUCAAUCAGCCAGUAUCUGACGGUAUUCAGCCAGGAGGCUUUGCUACUCUGAGCUGUACAGUACACCCUGGGAGCUGUGAUGGAGAACACAGUGUUUACUGGUACAAAAAGUCAGAGGAAUCUCUUCCAGUUCUCUUUUAUACCCACAGUGGCAUGAAUGACCAGUGUGACUCCCAAAGUAACACCUGUUUCUAUGAACUGCCGAUGGAAAACCUGACUCAGACUGACGCUGGGAUGUAUUACUGUGCAGUCGCCUCAUGUGGACAGGUCCUGUUUGGAAACGAGACCAAGCUUGACUUUCCAGAUAAGGUGAAUCCUUGGGUGUUGGUGCAUUUGUUGAGUUGGGCGUUGCUAUUCACGAUGAUCUUCAGUAUUUUCUUGGCUUUCUUACUGUACAAUAUAACCAAGAAAAACAGCUGCCGCUCUUCAGUCUGUUGCAUUAAUCAGGUGCUCAAGAACGACUGUCAUCUCCAUCUGCAGCAACCACUGAGGGUUUCGAAGAACCAAACAGUCUUCACUACGCUGCGUUAAGUCAUAAAAAGACCAACAGACCAAAAAGACACGGAAAUGCUUCCAACGAUGAAUGUGUUUACUCCAAUGCAUAGAUAUACACUCUGGUUAAAGAAGGGUGAGACUGGAAAAAAAAAACACAACUGAGGCUUGAGGUAAAUGUAUGUUUGUACUUUGAGCGUGGUAAGUGAUGACUAUGAGGGGAGGCUCAUUCAGGAACCGUGUUGGUUUUCUUUGUGUGGUACAUUUCACUUUGAAUGGUAUUCAAUGCUUCUGUUUUUUUUUUCUGUUUUAAACACACCGACACGUACAGUAAGGCAAAUUAAUUUGUACUGAAACAACAAGCGCCAUCCAAAUUCCGUUAUAAUUUCUCUCUCUCUUUUUUUUUAAUUUUUUUUUUUUUUAGGAUUUCUAUGUAAUUGUCAG